AUGGUUCAACUAAAUAAGAAAUUUAAUAUAACCCCUUCCUUUCAAGAACCAAGCCUAUCUCGGUUCUUGAUCUCUCUUCGAUCGAGUGAAUCGCUUUCCUUGAGACAGAGCUCAAUUUCUGCAAUUCUGGCGAACCCUUGGUGGACCAGCCAGACCGGCUUGCCCGGCAUGCCGGACCACUCCUCUGCCGUGGCUGCAGCCGCCGCUGCCCACCAUAACCACCAACAAGCCCUCUUAACCAAAGGUGACCUCGGAAUACCAAUUAACCAGACCAAUGAUCACGACCAUGACCACGACCAGGACCACGGAGCCGGCGACGACCCAGGGGCCGUCGAAGUCGUGAACCGGAGACCGCGAGGCCGGCCUGCGGGUUCCAAGAACAAGCCGAAGCCGCCAAUCUUCGUGACGAGGGAUAGCCCUAACGCUCUCCGAAGCAACGUCAUGGAGAUCACCGGCGGCAGCGACGUUGCUGACGUCAUCGCCAACUUCUCCCGGCGGCGGCAGCGCGGCGUCUGCGUCCUGAGCGGCACCGGCUCGGUCGCCAACGUCACCCUCCGUCAGCCUACCGCCCCCGGAGGCGUCGUCGCCCUCCACGGCCGCUUCGAUAUCCUCUCCCUCACCGGUGCCUUCCUACCGGGACCCGCUCCCCCUGGGUCAACGGGGUUAACCGUAUACCUCGCCGGAGGUCAAGGCCAGGUCGUCGGAGGAAGCGUCGUCGGCCCUCUGGUCGCCGCCGGAUCCGUGAUGGUCAUCGCUGCCACGUUCUCCAAUGCCACGUACGAGAGACUGCCCAUCGAGGAGGAGGAAGACGGCGGGGGCGCGGCGGCAGCGGGGCAGGAUGCGACGGCGUUGGCCGGGACGGGUUUUGGUGUACCGCCGCCGCAUAUGUUUCCGAACGGCAGAGGAGGCGGUGGUCAAUUAGGGCACGAGCCCUACACGUGGGUUCACGCGAGGCCUCCGUACUGAGACAGUGAGUCACCGAUCGAUCUAUGUAAUGUUUAUGUGACUGUAAAAUUUAGUUUGGUUUGUUUUUUUUUUCUUUUCAAUUUCAGACUUCUUCAAAGCAUGUUUUUUUGGAGAAUGUUAGGGUUUGCAAGGUAAAGGAGAAAGAAACGGUUUUCUGAAUAUAAUAAUAAACGAAUAAUGGAAAAAUAUAUGUAUGAUAUUACUCCUCUCUUUGUAUU